GUUGUUCUGGACGCAUCCAAUCAGAUUACAAAAGCACCGCGCAUGUGUGCUAUCUGCGCACUUUCAAACUGAAUCGGGAAGUGAGCCCCAAAGAAGACGAUAGAAUGCCUAUAGAAAAGAGACAUCAAAGACUCACAUUUAGUCUGUCACAAAUCUCAUCUAUGGAGGUGGGUGUUGGUAGAACCUCUCUAGCUGUAGCAAGUUGCAAUGACAUUGCGAUCCAUUGUUUUCAAGAGUGGAGGACACAGACUGGACACCAGCUUUAUCAAGAAGCCAGCAGAAACCAAUGAACAUUUGGUUAGCCUGAAAAAGGAAAGUUGUAACUUGGCUGCCCAUGUGCUCUGUACGAUCCGCAACAGUAUAAUUCAAAAGCAUCAGCUACAAAGCAAAGCAAAGAUCCGCUGUCAGAACGUGUUGAGUUGCCCUGACCAAUCUUCAGCAGGGGGCCUCGGUUACAAGAACUGGGAGCCGGCGGGGGCCUUGAUACUCCCGUCAACCAAGCAGAUGGGGGCCGAAGGUUCCCCGGUUAAGAGCAAAUCCCUGUUUUGUCAGACAAAUCACAACCACUUGGGCAAUAUGGAUCCAAUGGUAUCAAAUGACGGCAAUCAGCAGAGAGAAGGAGGGCAAGUGGGGGCAAUGGUAGGGGUUCCCUCAUCGAAGGACAGUCCCGAUGGGAAGCGUCAGAAUGUGAGGAAAGGGUCAGGCCUAGUGGACACACAAACCAGCUGUGUCCGACAGAUCCUGCUGCUUCAACUGGAAAUGAUUGAACAGCAGCAGAAACAACUGCACAACAAGAACAAAGAAAUUGAUGACCUGAAAGCUGAAAAAGAGAUGCUAAUGGCACGAAUUGAACGCAUGGAGCACCGACUACAGAUGGUGAAAAAAGAUGGAGUAGUGUCCCGUCCUUCUCAGACAUCUCGUCGUAAGGAGCCAGAGGCAGAGACCACUACCUGUGAAGAUGACCAGCAUUCUGAGGAACGAGUUCAAAGCCCAAAGCAAACACAACGUGGAAGAGGAGAAAAAAGCUCCAAAGGGAAGUUCCUAUUUCAGGACUCAUGGACAGAUCGGUUACGACGUGGACAGCCCAGGUCACUACCAACACCACCACAGGAGGGCCCAGCUUUGAAGGAAGAUAUCCAGUCUCAUUCAGAGGAGUUGCCAUAUCUCACGUCAACAAAGAUGUACCUUUCCCAUUGGCAGUCACCACCAUCACCUCAGCGAGACCCCUCACCUGUCCAUAAGGACACAGUUGCAGUUCCUUCCUGGCGGGAGAGUGUCUUAGAGCCCUUGGGGCAGAAAGAGGCAUCGGACAUCCCUGAAUGUCUGGAUGAUAGUGUAUUUGUGAAGAGGCAUUCAAAGCUUGAACUGGAUGAGAAGAGGAGGAAAAGGUGGGAUAUUCAGCGCAUUCGUGAGCAGAGGACGUUUCAGCGCCUGCAGCAGAGAAUGAACAGGAGGAAAGUCAUUCAGGAGAGUGAACCAGAGCUGCUGUCCUUCUAUCCAGAACCUGAAGAUGUGGAGUAUAUCAUGGUGACACCCUUCCUACCUGUGGUGGCUUUUGGAAGACCUCUACCCAACCUAAAACAACAAGACUUUGACUUGCCCUGGUUGGAUGAACGCAGUCGCUGUCAACCAGAGGUGACCAAGAAACGGACGCCUCACCGGAGAUGCCGCAAAUGAAACCGUCACAAGGAAUCUGCCGACUGUUUGUGCCGACCUGUGAGCUAAAGCAAAAUUUUGGCCUUGUGGUCUCAUCUCUCCGCUUUAACUCACCUAGAUUGCACUUUGUAUCUACUGAAGCAGAUUUAAGGGUGAACAUUUUUAAUCUCCCUAAAAUUCCCUGCGUGGUAUCCACGAGAAACUGUGUUGCUCAGUAAUGUCUGAAAAACAAGCUUUUCCAAGCAUACAAUCAUGCCCACAGUGCUGAAUGUAACACUUCAGUUGUACACAUUUACAACCAAAGCUUCUACCCUAAUACAUCAAGAGCUGCCACAAAAUAUUACAACUGUACAUGCUGCAUUCUGAGUUUUUUUCAGUCACAUAAAGGAAAAAUAGAAGGUUGCAGUUACAGAAGCCUUGCUGUAUCAUACAGCUUUGUUUAAAGAAGAUGUGUAAGAUACUUAUUGCUAAAGAAAUUUAUUUCGAAUAAUAAAAACAGGUUAUAUUAUUAUAAA